GGCAGCCAACGAGUACUACCCACUUCCAUUGAGUAUCAAAACAUUAUAUUUAACGGUAUCUUAUCAUAGUUAGAAUCUGACAAAUAAUUUUUUUGGCCCUCAAAAUGGUUCAAAUUUUCUGGACCAUUCUCUAUAUAGCCCUUGGAUUCUGGAUUUUUAGCAGGUACGGCUCUGUUUGUGUAGGCUGUCAGCUGAUAAUAAUAACCUGGAAAUCACCGAGUUAACUAGUAACCAGGAAGAGUGAAAUCGAAAGUUGAUUUUGUUACUGAUUGAUGGAGGGGAGAAUUACACGUAAUAAUUAUCUUCUUAUUGAUAUGAGCUUUAAAAAAAUAAAAUAAAUGAAUUUCUCUAAAAGCGCAACUUUUCUAAUAAUAGUCCUACCCACAAAACUUCAAAUUUUUAAUUAAAUUUGUCAUUUAUUAUUAUUUCACUUGAGCUUGAAAAUUUGUCAAAUGAUUGACAAAUGACAUGAGACAUGAGUGUCAUGAUGACAUUUAACACUGACACUCAUUUACUUUUACUUUUACUAAUAAAUUAUUUAAAUUUAGACUAUUAUUAAUACACAAGUAUAAGUUGUCAUAAAUCAGACUUUCUUUAAUUUAACAACUGGGCUUUAAAUUUGAAGUUCGCCAUAUCCUCAUCAGCUGCGCUGGGCUUAAACUACUAGUCAACUAGUAUUACUAACUUAAUUGUGUAGUUACAGUAGUGUAGUGGUAUACUAACUGCUAUUUAUCUCCUUAUACUUAUGAGAUUGUAAUUAUAGUUUUAAGUCUUAUUCUAAUAAAUGACUAUACAAUUUAACUGUGUGAGAACAUUGACGUAGUGGAUUUGAUAGUUAUUUUUGACUCUGUCUUUUCAGUUUUUCUUUUCAUAUAUUAAUAUUGUUAGUUGACUUAAAUUUGUUGAAAGACUAAAUCAUGUUAUUAAAUUAUUAGUUUUUCAGAUUUAAAUUAACUCAAAUCAGGAUUAUUUUUGUUACAUCUCCCAAAACAGGAUUGAUAGAUGUAAACUUAUUAAAGGCAAACCAUACAGUCGGUGCCAGAUUGAGCUAAAUAGAGGCCCUGGGCUAUUUAAAUUUUGAGGCACCUUGCAAUCACAACCCCCCCCCCCCCAAGACCCCUUCCAUAAAACAAAAUAAUAAAAAAUAAAUAAAUAAAAUAAUUAUUACUAAAGUAAAUUACGAAUGCACUUGUGAGUUUGCACUUCACCACACACUUGUUAGUAUAAUAUUAUUUUAAUUCUUUCUAAUAUUGCUCCAUCCCCACUCCCCGGAUGAUUAAAAGAAAAUCCAAAUAAUCACUCUAAAAGUCAACAUAGUCACUAACCAAGUUUAAGUUCCAUAGCAUAUUAUAAUUGAUUUUUGCACAUGAGAAAUACUUUACAUUUUUUGUGUUAAAUUGUUGUAGUUUAAAAAUGUUUGUCUUUUUUAGAAUAUUUAUGUAUAUGCUGAAAAAAAUGAAUAUUAACUUAGAAGUAAAAAAUCAAUUCCUUCUAAUCUUAUGUUACUCAAAAAAAUUUACAAAUUACCUGGAGUGUGUUAUAAAGAUCGUAAAGUCUUCCUGUCAGUGCAACACUAAAUAUUACUUAAAUCAUUAUAAAGUCCCUGUGACCCCCUGUCCCACUCUGAUAGAACUGUAGAGAAGAAGAUAGAUAUUUAACUGUUUCAGAAAAUAUGUUAAUAAAUGAACUCAUACAAAUUAUUUUCUUAAACUACAUCAAGAUUUAAUUCUCUAAUUUUGUUUUAAAAACCUCCUAUUGAAUUCUAAAAAUUUGCUUAAGUAUUAAUUCUGAUUUAUAAAUAGUUUUACUAACUUUAUUUAAAUAAAAUAAAACAAUAUCAUUGACUUUAAUCCCUAUUCUUCUAUUUUGGUUUGAGCUUGUGACAAAUAUAUAGGCAUGAAUGAGAUUGCAAAAAUGAUUUUAAAACUACUCAUCUCAGUGGAGGAUGAAAAUAAAUUAUGAGUGUCAUUGUUAAUGUCACAACAGUUUACUUUAUCAAAACAACAAUCAGCAGCAGAAUUGAAUUUAAAGCUCUUUAGUGCAAUAAUUUAACACUAACUCAGCCAUGCUUUCUCCAGUUCAGUAAAUAUUUCCUUUCAUAUCGUAGCUGCCAUCGUGUAAGUCUCUGUGCCAUUUGAAAAUUCUUUAAAAUUUAGCUAUUCUAUACAAUUUAAUGUAUUUUCUUAGUUUCUAUGAUUUUAUGCUUCAAUCACAACUGUGGGCCCUUUAAAUAUUUGAGACCCCGCCUGCAGGAAUUGAGGUAGCUCACGAGGUUUCUGUUAAUAACACUAUUAUGUGCUAUAUUAUAUUUAAAGUAAAUCAUGUGAUAUAUUUUUGUAAAUUAUUUUUUUUUUAGUUUUAUAUUUAUUAUAUUUUUUUCCAUCGCAGGCAUCUAUACUUAUAAAUUUUAGGCCCCUUAGAUGUUGGGGGCCCUGGGCUUAAGACUACUUAGCCUUUAGGAAAAUCUGGCACUGCAUGUAGUCUGGUUUAGUUACUUUAUUUGUUCAAGGUUUAACUUAAAGCUUGUGGCCUCCUAGUUUAUUUCUGUGGCAAAGUUAUUUGUAUUACAAAUAGUGCAUUGAAAUCACACUUAACAUAAACAUAUGUGCUCUUUCCUUUAUGCAAUCAAAAUGCUCCUCAAUCAGGCCAGUUGAUAACCUUGUUUUAGGCAAUCCAGAUGCCCCAAUUAUUUUAAAUUUUUAUGACAGAUGAAGUUUGUUGUUAAAAUUAUUAUGAAUUACUUAAUAUCUACUAAAACUAAAUUAAUUCAUACAAAUUGUAAGUAAGUCUGGAAUGUUAAAUUGAAGGCUUUCUUUCACUUAACAUUUACCUAUUAUUAUAUAUAGGCUACAGUUAAAAUUUUAAUUAUGUAUUUUUUUCAAUUUAAAAAUAAAGAAAAAUCUCUACUAUUUUAACCAUCUUAGUGUAAAUCAUUCUUUUUAAUAAGCUUAAAUGUAAGUUUUAAUAAUGAAAUGUUAUAAAGAAACAACAAAACUUAGAAGUAUUGAAUGAAUUCUAUGUAAUAAUGAUCAUUAAAUCAUAUUAAUUAAAGAAAUAUUUAAAACAAAUUUUUUAAUAAAAAAAGUAACAAAUUAUAUUUUUUCAGGGCAGUAGCAUUUAUCAUUCAAUGGCUAUUAAAAAGAUACCUGGAUGUCACACUCAGGUUUGGCAAGGUUGGACUUCUCAAUUUCGGAAAAGUUCAAAUGACGCUUCAAAGAGAUGUCUCUGUGCAUGUGGUUUGUAUCUUUUUGUGUGGAAACUUCCACAUAUAUUCAUUGCCUUGUCAAUUAAUAACCUUUUCUAAACUGUACAGAAAGUUCCUGCAAACACAGUGUAUACAAUUCAUUUUGCUACACACACAAGCUUCAUUUAAAUCAAAAUGAAUUCCAUAGCAAACAAAUAUGCCCAUAAACCAUAGCCUUGCAAAAUGCAUAUUUUUUAGCAUUAUGGAAAUACAUUUUUUUGGGUAUUUUGGUGGAUUUUAAUUUAUAUCAUUUAAAAAAAUUUUUUUUUUUAAUUGGAAAAUUAUUUUGUUCAUAAAUAUUUAAACAUAUAUUAUUUUGUAUAAUUCAUUUUUUGAAACAUUGAAAUAUAUUAAUAUGAAUUUGAUUGUUCUCUCUUAAUUUCUCAAGCACUGGAAUCACAAUUUCUAAAUAAUUUUAUGUACAAUAUUGAUGACUCAGUACAUUAGUAUGUAUUAUUUACAUUAGAAAUAAAAAUACUAACAUUUAUGGAAACAAUGAUUUCAGGAACUCGAAAAAAUCUGGCUCUCAAGUUCAUUUGUCAAUCCUGAUGUCCGGUAAGUAAUUUAAAAAAUCGAAUUCACCUUUCAUAACACCUUUAAUUACUAGUGUGUUGAUUUAGCAAAACAAAAAUUUGUAAUCUUUAAAAAUAAUUAUAAGUGAAACUUUUGUGUCAUGUAUUAAAGAUAUGCUCAUCUUUUUAAAAAAAUUUUCAGUAAACCAGUUGUGAUAUGUAUUGAAGAUAUGCGUAUUCAAGUGGAUGUUAGCAAUCACGGUGAGCAGCCAAAUAGGACAACACAAGACCCUGUGCAGCCAACACAAGGACAACCAUUGGUUCAUCUUAUUCGGAAAAUAAUGUCAAUAGGAUCCGUAAGUGAAUGCAAAUUAUUUUGUCUUAUAAAUUUAAACUUUCUAACCCUUGCUACUUAGAUUAUUAUAAUUUCUGACAGAAGUGUGUCAAUUAUAAUUACCCAUCCUGUUUCUCAGAUGAAGAGUUAUUCUCUCCAAAUCUUUAUCACAGAUGUUUAAACUUUUCAAUCAUUGAAUCUCAGAUACCUGUAAAUAACAUUUGAUCCCUCAAUUAAUGUACUGCACGUUCUAUAAAUUGAUUCUAAAAAUUAAUGUUAUAAAAGUAUUAAAUAUAUUAGGCAAAAGGCAUUAAAAUUGUAUCACAUUUAAAAUUUGAGUGAUAUUUAAUUAUUUUUUUUUUAUGUUAAAAGCUAUCCCAUUAAUUUUUAUUAUACAGUAAUUAAUAUUUUCUACCCUUUCCGCAUUGAAAUUAAAUUAAAUUAUUAUUCAUAAAAUAUAUGAAAAGUUUGAAGAUUUUCUUUCUUCUAACGUACCAUUAAACAGUUUUGAAAUUUUAAUCUGUUUGGCAGAUAGAAUGAACAAUGUAUAACAAAGCACUGAAAAUCAGCAUACAAAGAAAAACGAAACCAGAGCUAGUGAUACUAACAAUAUUACAUUUAAUGAUACUUUUAAAAGACAAAUUCAAAUAUACAGCAACCAAAAACUAUAUCAACUUACAGCACAGCAAGUGAAAAGGUACAAUCCUAAAAAAAUACAAAUGUUAAUUUACCCACUGACAAAAAGAGUACAAUCUUGCAAUUAUAUAAUGUCUCGUAUAUGUCUAGGAAUAUAGCAAAAAUCUCUCAUGGCUAGGAAAGCUGCCAGCCUAUUUAUAAGGAUUAAAUUAGAACCAUCCAGAAAAGAAAUUCUAGAAAUUGCUUCUCCUGAUAGCAUUCAUUAGAACAAAUGGAACGAAUUGAGCGGAAAGCAACUUUUACCAAUCAAGGGAGGGGAGGGUAAAAGGAAUGUGCACAGUACUUUUAAUCAGAGAUUUUAAUAUCGAAACAUAAGGAGACAAGUGGUGGUGGCUGAAAUUAAGCCUAUUAAGUCAUAAUAAAUCCUUGAUGAAAAAUGAAUAUGUACAAUGAAAUUAAAGAAAAACAUUUUAAUUUAUUUGGAGCAGUAAAAGAAUCUUAUGUCAUCUUAACUUUCAAUAUCUUCUUUUCAAUACAGUAUGGUGGUCUAAGAAUCAACAAUAUCACUGUGAUGCUUUUAAAAACCAUGGUUCCAGAUUGUUUGAUUCAUUUCUCAAGUCCAGAAGUCUCCUUAGACAUAAGUGCUGCCUAUGAUAAGUUAGUGUCAUUAAUAAGUUAGUUAAAUUACUUCCUUUACACUGUAUUAGGUACAUGAUGUUAGCGCCUAUGAUAAGUUUGUGUCAUCUGUCGAAAGGUUACAAAACUUGACUUCUUUCUCUCUUCUAUGUAUUUCACUUGAUUCCCACAAAUUAUUAUUAUUAAUAUAUUGAAUUUGAAUUAAUUGUCUAAAAGGAUUUUUUGUGUGUUUUUUGUGUGGCUUUAUCCUUAGAUAUGAAAUAUGUGUCAAUUUGAACAACUUUGGAUGUAAGGCCCUCAGGACAUCUGCUGAAACCCCAGUAAGACUAUAAUAGUUAUUUCUAAUAUAAAAAUGUAAUCUAGUGAAUUACAACACUUUAAUAUAAGACAUGCAUCCAUAUAUAAUAAUAUGGAAUCUUCUGACCAAAGAAAACCUUCUAAUUAAAAACAACCUCUAAGAACUUUGUUUUAUAAAUCCUUUAUAAAAUGUAAUAUCGAGCAAUAUGGGGGGGGGGGGGGGGUCAGGAAAAUUUGAAAAAACAUACAUACAAGUAAUGCACUUUGUAAGAAUCCCAAUUAGUGCUCCUCCCCAAAGGCUCACACCUGCACAUUUUUUUCAUGCCCUUGAACUAUAUUAAUAUUCUAAUGACCCACUUGCUUUUACACCACAGAUUUAUUUCACCAACUAUUUCAGAAAAACAAAACAAAAUAGUAUGCACCAAAUACACUUGCGAUAUUUUUUUAAAAGAAUCUCAUUUAGCGCAGUUAUCUGGAAUUUUAUUUAGUGAAAACAGUGUCAUUAUAUUUCCUUCAUCUUCCCCUUGAAAAACAGGAAAAACUGGUUUUGGGGGCUGGGCUUAAAAUUUGAUAGAAUUUGUGGUUAUCGGCAAAGUUUCAGCUCGGGGGGUUGAUGGGUAGCCAUCAGCAGAUUUUGCUAGCCACGAAGAAAAGCGGAGUUAAUAUAAAGGAUUUAAAAAGAACUGAGGCACUGAUCAAAUGCAAUAGCCAUGGAAGGCAUAUGGUGAUGGUUUGGUCAUGUUUGUAGAAUGCCAUCAAGCUCUCUAACCAAGACAGCACUUAGAUGGAAAGCCCAGGAAAAACAAAAUUAAGAAGAAGGAUCUGUGGAAUAAAAGCUGCCGCUGCCGACAGCUCCCACAGUAGGGGCGAUGUGUACCUUGGUUAUUGCUUUCAACACCGAUAGUCACACAGUGGUCUAAUAAUAAUAUCUAUACAUUAGUUUUAAAAGUCACUUACAUUAUACUAGCUGUGAUACAAUGUUUCAGCUUACAUUAUACUAGCUGUGAUACAAUGUUUCAGCUUACAUUAUACUAGCUGUGAUACAAUGUUUCAGCUUACAUUAUACUAGCUGUGAUACAAUGUUUCAGGACCCUGGACAACAGAACUGCCUUGGAGAGUUUUCCUUCACAUUUAAGAUGGAUGCCAAAGUUGACAAAACUGACCCCAUCAAGCUAACGGUCAGAAAUGAAGCUAUUUCAUACAUUUAUAAGUUAUUUUCUUUUUUUUUUUAUCUGGAAAAUAAAGUAGUUAAGAGUUAUGAACUUGAAUAAAGAAUAACACUUGCUGUUAAAAGAAGAUAUUUUCCUUUUCUAAUCAAAACUUCAAGGCACUAACUUAUUAUAAACUAGUGGGAAAAUAUUCAUUUACAAUUGUGCAAUCAGUUUCCUUUGACUGAGUUAGCUGAAGAACUUAUUAUUUGUAAAUCUAUUGUUUUUUGUGAGACUUGUCAGAUGAGGGUAAAAAAGAAAAGCUAACUGUGGGCUAUAAUUAUCAAAUAAAAUAUAAAAAAAAUUAAAGUUUAAAUAUCCUUUCCCUAUAUUUAUAGAAUGUGUCUGUCUAACUGUCUGUCUCACCAGGUGCUGAAAACUGUAAUAGCCAAGCCUCAGAUGAUGAUAACAGAAGGUAAUACAACUGGGAAGCAGAUAUUUUAUGUAUGAAGCAGACAUGUUCUUCUUCUAUAUUUAUAGAUGCAAAUGUGUUGUUUUUUAUAUAUGAAAGAGAUAUUUGGUGGAUGAAACAGGCCUUUGUUUUAUGAAACUGAAACUUUUUUUAUUUUUUAUGAAACAGACAUCUGAUGUAUGCAACAGACAUUUGAUGUAUGAAAUACACAUUUGAUAUAUGAAUACAUUUAAGUUUGAAAUAUAAAUUUGAUAAAGGAAAUAGACAUUUGAUCUAUGAAAUAAACAAUGUUUUGUAUGAAACAGGCAUUUGAUGUAGAUUCCCUCUUUGAGGGAAGUCUAGUUGAUCAUGGCUGUUUGGUAAAUUGUAUAUUUCCAGUCAUGUUUAUUUUCCAUUGAAGGCUUUCUGCAGAGCUUACAAAUGAUCAACACAAGAAGGCUGGUCAACAUAGAUACUGGCCAAUUGCUGGAGGAUGUGGUCCCUGUUGUAGAACCUAUUACCCAGGAGAGGGAUUGUAGAGGGGAGGAGAGUUAUGUCCCCUGGCCGACUGACACCAUAUUUUCUAGAUUAAAGCUGUUUGAGAAACUUGUGAGUAUAGCAAUUAAUUGAACAGUUAGAUCAGGGGUCUCAAACUCAAAUCAUCUGGGGGCCGCAGCAGGUAGAGUCUCAUUAAGACUGGGCCGCAUCAAGUAUUCCUAAAAUAAGAGAUUACAAAUUCCUUAAAGUACAGCUGUUACAACCUGCUCAACCUUUAUUAAUUUAAAAAAAAAAACAUUAAGGGAUCUCAAGAACUAGGCUUCUUUUUUACUUCCUCCUACUCCUUGUUGCCAGAGACCUGGCAGCGCUUCUUACACAGCUGAGCAACAUUUGGCUUGAGUGAGGAAGCUACCUCAAUAUAGCUUGAAGAUGCUCAUCAGUAAGUUUCGCUCUGAACUCUGAAGUUCAUAGUGGAAAAGAGCUUUUCACACAGAUAGGUACUCCCAAAAAGGCACAUGAUCUGCUUGAACAACCUGGAAAUCUCAUGGAAUGUGGAGGGCAAUUCUCUCAUAAAUUUUCCAAGCUUGUCUGUUUUUCCAUUCACCCCUCCUGAACUUAGCCUUAUGUUCAGAAUUGCAAUGAAGAUCAAUCAACUCCAUAUGAAGCGCAAAGGGGGCAUCUCCACAUUGAAUGAGAAAUGGUCACCAAAAAUUUGAAAAGUGGCUCUGUGUGUUUUGGACCUGAGAUCAAAUUCUUUCUGUAGCUUUGCAAUGGCAUCAGUAUACUUACUACUGAAUGGUACACCCGAGUCCAUGUGUUCUUUGCAUGUUGGGAAAUGGCAGAAGUUUCUCUGAGAAAGCUGGCCUUUCCAUUACACAAGUUUUGUGCUGUAUGCCCUGACAUUGUCAGAGGUAACACUGACAAGCUGCCCCUGGCCUUCUAACUUCUUGUUGAGUACAUUCAGCUCCUGUGUAAUAUCAACAAGUCCAUGAGCCAUUUGGGAUCACUUUUUACAGAAACAACCACCCCAUCCUUCUCCAUGAAGACUUUGAUUUAUGCUCUCAGCUCAAAAAACCUUUUUAAGACGUUUCCCCUACUAAAUCAGUGUACCUCAGUGAAGUAGAUAAUAUCCUCAUAUGUUGACUCUAUUACCUUUAAAAAGGCGCGGAACGACUGUGCUUCAGGAUUUAAACCUAAUGACUGCAUUUACUGCCUCUCUUUUGACUGCAAACAUAAAAGGUGUUUGUGUUGUUGUCACUGCAGAAUAUUGUAUGCUCCUUAGUACUUAGGAUGUUUGAGGCUUUCCAUCUGAUCUCCAGCAGUGCUGCAACUAUGAUUCUAUAUCUUAGUAAUUCAUCACUGAGGCGGGCCAAUGCUCCCGCUCUAUGUCGACAGUACAUUCCAGUUCGCUAUCUGAAUAUCAUAUUUUUGUUCAAGCAGAGGUCAAAAUCCAAAAUUAUCAGUCCGUUUUUUCGUAUGAGGUUUAGCAUUUGUAACACUUGAUUUUUUAUGUGACAGGGUCGUUAGCCCUAUGCACAACUGUCCCUGGUACCCUCCAUAUCUGGAAGUUCAGUAUCUCCUCAUGAGACAAAGGUCAUAUUAUUGUUAAUUAAAAUUAUUGCUGGAUGUAAAUUUUGUAUCUUACCUUACUGAUUUCAUUGUUCUUCUACAGCAAGACAUCAGCUUUGACAUUUCUGAUUUGAAUGCACAGGUUGUAAGAGAAACCAAGCAAAGGUAAACGGUUAUAUUCCUUAAUCUGAUCGUGUGUCAUAUGUCCUAAAUCUGAUUGUAUAUGCCAUGCAAUUUCAUUAAUCUGUUUGCUUAGACCAGGACAUUUCAUUAAUCUGACUGUUUAGGCCAUGACAUUUCAUAAAUCUGAUUGUAUAUGCCAUGAAAUUUCAUUAAUCUGAUUGUGUAUGCCAUGACAUUACAUUUAUCUCAUUCAGCCUGCCAUGAUAUCUGAUAAGGCCUGUCAUCAUAUCUCAUGAAUCUGAUUAAGCCUGUCAUCAUAUCUCAUGAAUCUGAUUAAGCCUGUCAUCAUAUCUCAUGAAUCUGAUUAAACCUGUCAUCAUAUCUCAUGAAUCUGAUUAAGCCUGUCAUCAUAUCUCAUGAUUCUGAUUAAGCCUGUCAUAUCUCAUGAAUCUGAUUAAGCCUGUCAUCAUAUCUCAUGAAUCUGAUUAAGCCUGUCAUCAUAUCUCAUGAAUCUUUUUAAGCCUGUCAUCAUAUCUCAUGAAGCUGAUUAAGCCUGUCAUCAUAUCUCAUGAAUAUGAUUAAGCCUGUCAUCAUAUCUCAUUAAUCCUAUUAAGCCUGCCAUGAUAUCACAUUGAAUUUGUUGGUAGGUAAGCAUGUAAUUCAGUGUAGUUAUCACAACUGUUGUCUGUUUGCAGGAGUUUGUCUGUUUCUCUACGACUUUUUCACUUGGGUUUUCACAACCAGUCUUUCUGGCAGGCUACUGAUAUCAAUUGUAAUGUGUACCUGGAAGGUAAGUUGUCAAUCAGUUCAGACUUUAUUAACCAUGUGUUCCAGGAAUGUAUUUUAUUAUAUAAAAUAAAAAAAAAUAUAAUGAAAAAAUAAUGAUUAUGAACUAUUAACAUCAUUUUUGUUAUUUUAUUAACCAGACUUGUACCCAUCAACGUUUUGACAUUUUAUAGAUUGAAACUAUUACUACUUCCUUAUAAAACUGGUCUCUGUAUGUGUUCUCUGAAACCGCUUUCUAAAAUUACUCUCUAUAACUGGUCUCUGUCACUGCUCUCUGUAACAUGGUCUCUGUCACUGCUCUCUGUAACUGGUCUCUGUCACUGCUCUCUGUAACUAGUCUCUGUAACUGGUCUCUGUCACUGCUCUCUAUAACAAGACUCUGUAACUGGUCUCUGUCACUGCUCUCUGUAACUAGUCUCUAUAACUGGUGUCUGUCACUGCGCUCUGUAACUGGUUUCUGUAAUUCUUCUCUUUAACUGGUCUCUUUCACUGCUCCCUGUAACUAGUCUCUGUAACUGGUCUCUGUCACUGGUCUCUGUCACUGCCCUCUAAAACUAGUCUCUCUAACUGCUUCCUGUCACUGCUCUCUAUCCCUGCUCUCGGUAACUACUUCAUGUAAAGAAAAUAGAGAAAAACUGAAAUUUCGGCUUCGGUUCGGCGCUGAAAGUAGCCAUUUGAUCACUUUCGGCCUAGUUUUGGUUUCGGUCGAAACUGAAAAGUUAACUUUCGGCUUAAUUUCGGUUUUAACAUAAAGAGAAAAGUUAACUUUCGGUUUAAUUUCAGUUUCAGCCGAAAUUGACUGAGACUUUUGCCCAUGGGCCGAAAGUGACGGAGGUUUUCGGUCAUCUACCAGAAGACAGACUGCCUGUCUGUCUCUAGGCUGACAAUCUGAUAUCCAUUAAUGCUCAACGUCUUACUGUUAUUGUAUGUUAUAUGACUAAUACUCAGCGAAAGCUGCCCGCAGUUGCAUGAUGACCUACUGGUCCUAUAUUUCCAUAAAAUUACAUUUCAAUUAGGCCUAGACAAAUGUCAACAAUUUUGUGGAAGAAAAACUAAGG